AUGAGGCGAAGCCAAACGCACAAGAAAAGUAUCGCAGGUUUUAGUUGUUCUUAUGGAGGUGUCACGAGGCCGACCGGAGGGCUCAGGUCCGAGCGUUUGACUCGGUGUUGGGAACGGAAGGUCGUUGUAGAUGCAAUUGUCGGAGGAAACGUCACUUACGAGGGACGUCCCAUGAAUAUCAUCAGCGAUGUAUUGUGGGAUGAAAAACAGCCGGAUUCUGGCUCAAAUUCGCACCAGGAUCGCCGCAGCAUUGUGUGCAACCACCAGUGUACGCGAAAAAAGUUCAUGCGAUGCUUGCAGGAGGCGCGAUGGCAGCGGUCACGCGGCAGAUGA